CAGGGCUCAGCCUUCCCCAGGAGCGCCGGGCUCCCCACACCUGGGGGUUCCUCAAGGCCCCAGGAGGAAGAGAGCUGGCUUUAGUUGGGUGUCUGCAGGGUGUUGGGUGCUUUCGUUUGAUCCUCUCCUUAACGAAGGUGCUAUGUGCCCCAUUUUUGUUCAGGAAGAUAGGUUCCAAGAGGCAGGCGAGCUUACUUUCGGGAAGUCACACGAUUCCUGGGUGGGGAGGCUGGAAUUCCAGCCUAGGAGCCCUGGCAGUCUGCUGGACUCAGAGCCGCGGCUGGGGAGCCUAGUGGCCGUGGCGCCCUGGACUCGGGGGAGAGGCCGGGCUGGCGGGUUGGGUUACAGCGCCGCCCCGUGGGCACGGCUGGCCCUCAUGGUGAACUGUCAGGCGUGUGUUUGCUGGAGGAAGACAGAGAGGGUGAACUUUUGCCUCGGUUUGUCUAAUUUCCCCCCAACUCUGGCCACCAAUGGACUCUAAUAACCAGUCACCAUCCCCUAGGCUGGCAACUCCCCUAAAUACCUAAAUAACUUACCAGUGUACUAUCUCCUGAUAAAUCUUAUUAACCAUCAACUCUAAUCUCUACUCGAUUUCAACCUGGUCCUAACCCAGAGCUUCAAUUCUAACUUCUCCUGUAACCCUAAUUCCAACUGUAAGUCAGAUCUGACACUUUUCUCCAGUCUAUUCUCAUUGUAACUCCAAUCUCCAUUCUAAAUUCUAAGCAAACCUUAGCAGCACUCCCGGCCCCAGCUGACCUCUGGCCCCAGCUGACCUUUCUUCCCAGGAAGGCGGGUGGGGUCAGGAAUAGACAAAAGCCCCCGGGCCUCUCUGAGGGCUCUAGGGUGGGCUCUGUGAGCUCUGGCCUUAAAUUGGCCCCCAGGGCCUCUUCUGCUGUGCUUGUGGUCAGACCCCCACUCAGGCUAAUUCCCCAGGGUGGGGAGAGAAGCUGUGAGGGUGAGAAAGCCUCCUGGAUGCUAAGCUUGUUGAAAAUUAGCCAGGUUGCCAGUGAAGAACAAACCCAUUAUCACUUGCUAGGAGGUGGUUCUGCUAAAAAUAUGGACUUUGUGAGUGAGGUGAGACACGUGCAGGUGACAGCCUGGACCAUGCCUCAAACUUGGGUGGGGGUGACCUCACCCCCCACUGCCCACCCACUCCUGCCCCUGCCUGCUGGGCUGGGAGCAGGGGCCCUCUAGACACCAGGUCUGCUUCCCGAGACCUCCUGCCGGGAGAGGGACAGCAGCUGAGGGGACCUUGCUGGAUGGAGAGAAGAGAGUGAUGUGAGGGUGGUCGCAGCCCUACCGGGGCUGGGUUCUGCCUGGAAGCUGAGCUGAGCCGACCCCACCUAGGUUUUCACUGCAGGAGCAGGCAAGCCGUCUCCCCCAUUGCCCCCCUGGGAAUUUACAAAGUGCCUGCGGCUGCCAGCCCCCAGCCCACGCUCGGCAGAAAGCAGACUGGGGGUGGGACUGUCCUGAAGGAGAUGUCCAGCCCUGACCCAUCCCCACUCUAGUGCUCGCCUUCUAUGGGACCAGGGGCAUGAGUACCCGACCCCCACCUCCCUCCUCCCGUUCAGCCUCACAGGCCCCUCCAGGGACUGCCCCAAGACACAGAAUCCUGGACUGUCUGAGUUGGGAAAGGUCCCUGGGGAUCUUCUCAUCUGGUGGUUCUGGUUGUUAAAAAUGCAGAACCCUGUUCUACCCUAAACCUUUGCCCCGCAAGUCCACUGGGAAUUCUGAUGACCUACCUGGUUUGGAAACCCCUGAUCUAGUUCAGCCCACCCACUUAUUUUAUAGGUGGGGAGACUGAGGCCCGAGUGUCCACGGUCACACAGCUGGUGCAGGCUCCUGACUUCCAGCCCAGUGCCCUUCCCUCAGCGUCCUAUCCUCAGGGGAGGAGACAGACCCCUUUUGCAGGCAUUGCCCUCAUUUCUAAAUCUCUCUGAAGCCCCCCGUUUCAAGCUUUUUGAGGCAGGGGGAGUGGGAAAAACCUACAGUAAUUGAAGUUGGGGAGCAUGGAGUGGACUCUUGGAGACACUGCCCUGCAGCGCCAUCUUCUGGCAAGCUCUGGUAUUGUCUCAGUGUCUUUCUCCAUCAUCCUAUAGCAAAGAAAUUUCCAGAUGGACAAGUGCUUGGCUUUGAUGGUCUCUUACAUUGUGUGGACAAUUUUUUGUGUUUCCCUGGAGAGAGAAUGGAGUUAGUAGUUGUUCUACAUUGCCAUGUGCUUGAAAACUUAGGGUCUCAUUUAAUAAGUGCAGCAAUCCUCUGCCAUACACAGUGUUAGCAUCCCCGUUUUUUUAGAUGAAGAAACUGAGGCACAGAGAUAGAAAGGAACAUGCUCAAAGUUACAUAGUAAGUUAUAAAAAUAACCAACACAUCUGGAGUGCGUGUUACCUGCCAGGCCCUCUGCUGAGUGUGCUUCGUAUAAUACCUCACUUAACCUUCCUGACUCCCAUCUGGUGCAAGUACGUUGCACAGCCCCAUUUCUGAGGUCCGGAGAGAGUGGUUGAGCCGGGAUUUGAACCCAGGCAGUCAGUUGUAGGGCUCUGGAGGCCACGGGCACGAUGCUUCAGGUCCUGGUGGGGGCUGUCCUCCCCGCCAUGCUGCUGGCUGCUCCACCACCCAUCAACAAGCUGGCACUGUUCCCAGACAAGAGUGCCUGGUGCGAGGCCAAGAACAUCACCCAGAUCGUGGGCCACAGCGGCUGUGAGGCCAAGUCCAUCCAGAACAGGGCAUGCCUGGGACAGUGCUUCAGCUACAGCGUCCCCAACACCUUCCCGCAGUCCACAGAGUCGCUGGUGCACUGUGACUCCUGCAUGCCGGCGCAGUCCAUGUGGGAGAUUGUGACCUUGGAGUGCCCCGGCCACGAAGAGGUGCCCAGGGUGGACAAGCUGGUGGAGAAGAUCCUGCACUGCAGCUGCCAGGCGUGCGGCAAGGAGCCCAGCCACGAGGGGCUGAGCGUCUACGUGCAGGGCGAGGACGGGCUGGGCUCCCACCCCCACCCCCACCCCCACCCUGGCCGGCAGACCCCGGAGCCUGAGGAUCCCCCAGGGGCCCCCCACGCCGAGGAAGAGGGGGCUGAGGACUGAGCCCCGCAACUCUUCCUCCCCUCUUGUCCCCCUGUGGAAUGUUGGGUCUCAUCCUCUGGGGAAGAGUUGGGGGGGAGAGGCUGAAGCCCCCCCUCUGGCACUGGAUGGACUUGGAUUCAGACUUGGACUUGCAAUGCUGCCCGGUUGCCAUGGAGAUCUGAAGGGGAGGGGCUGGAGUCCAGCUGCACAUUUUAAUAUAUUCGGGGUGGGGGGAGGAAGCAGAGGUCUUCAGGGUUCUUUUUUGGAGAGGGGCUGUGCGUCUGUCUUUCUGCCUCCUAGACAUGUGCCCUGGGGAGGGAGAGGAAGUUGGCUAAGCUGCUGAGGUGGGGUUGAGGCCAUCCGAGAUGGCGGGAGCCAGGCCCAGGUCCACACAGUCGCUGGUGGGGCAGGGACCCAAGAGGUACAGAUGGUGGAGCUGGGGCCGCGGCUGAGGGUGAGUGAGUUGCCAGCAGCAGCCCUGAGGGAGGGGUGGGGUCCAGGCUGGGACAGCCAUUAGCUGGGGCAGGAAGCUCCAGCCCUACGGGCUCCCCCAGGGAAGCUUCUCUCCAUUGAAACUGAAGUGGCUUCCUCGGGGGAGCGGUGUGGGAGUCAGGCCUGGGCAGGACCCUGCUGACUCAUAGACUAGAGCUGGAGCCAGGCCCCCUGGGGCUCUCCAGCUUUCUUGGCUUGCCUGCAGUGGCGGAGGGGGGAAGAGGGGGCAAGAGAGGAACCUUCCUGGGCCUGGGGGAGUGGGUGAACCCCCAGACCAUCACCAUCCUAGAGAGCUCAGCUCCUUCUGCCCCCCAUUUUCUAGGCCCCUCAGAAAGCUAACGGAGCCACCCUACUCUUGGUGGAGCUGUUUCUAAAUAUCUGAUGGGGGUUCCAAGGAGGGGGAUGUGCCCACUCUCCUGGGUGAGAUGGGCUGUGUUGCUGAGACUCAAGAAUCCCCAGGGAAGGAGGAAAGGGGGCUUACGAGGGUGGUACAUGCCCACCUCGGGCUCUCUCUUGUUCCCUAAUUCCAUCCACCCCUCUCCCUGCCAGCUGCACUUUAACUCUAGAGGGGGUGUGGGCAGGGCAGGCAGGUGGUGAAAGAAGUAACCAGAACUACCGCAUCUGCUCCUCCAAUUGAGUGGGGCUGUCAGCCCCACCAGUCCCCUGCCUGGUGGUGGGGGGGGGUGCCCCAACCUUCACAGCUGUUAUGACAAGAGCUUCUGGAGCUUGUAACCAGUAGAUUGUCUCCCUGAUGGACCCUGAGUCUUCUCAUGAAUAAAUUCACUCAACACCUGUGUCCUCUUCCUCAUCGGCUGGCUCUGCCAUUCCAGGGUCCUUGGAGGCUCCUGGCAGCAUGGCCUAGUGGGAGGGGAUCAGGCUGCAGAGUGCCAAGCAGACCCCCAGGCACCACAGCCCCUUCCUGCAUCUGGGGGACACUCACUUUCCUGCUGUGUGCACCCCAGGUCCUAUUCCCCCAGCUUCCCUCCUCUUGGGGGUUGUUUUGGCCCAGUGGGCCUCCAGAACUGGGACUUCCUGAUUUUGACCCUUGCUUCUUUGUGCUUACCUCACACCAUCUCUUUUCACCCUCUCAGUGACCCAGCAUCAGCCCUUGCUUGGACACCAGGUUGGCGGGGCCCUGGAGAAGGGGAACUGGACAAAACCAUUGGGGACACAUUAACAUCUGAGGUCCUUAUUCUGGGCACAGCACCGUGCCCGAGGAUUUAACAUAAACGAACUCCCUUAAUCGUCA